AUGGCCGAGAGCGAGGAGUCUGGCCUGGAGGACGUGCUCGAGGCCUGGGUCAGCACUGCCUUCCGGCGCUUGGACAAAGAUCGCAGCGGCGGGUUGGACUUGACGGAGUUCCAGGCAGUCGGGCACGCCGACGGCCAGUUCUCCAAGCUGGACUUCAACAACGACAGCCGCGUUGCCCUCAGGGAGCUGCUCUGGGAGCCUUUGCUGGGCGCUUCGCUGCACGAAAGUGCGCUGCGCCAAGGCUUCCUGCUCUCGGAUAGCGAUCAUGAUGGCCAGCUAAGCGGCACGGAGAUGGAAAGGCCGCCGGCCCUUCGCCUGCUGCAUCUUCUGCGUCACAACUUUUGGCCCGGAGCGGUGCUGGACGUGCCGCAGACGGCUGCGAAGCCGCGUGGCUCUCCCGCGUGGCUCUCCCGGGCGCUCGCUCGAGCCAUGCCGCGGAAGCUCCGGCGGUCGCCGCUGCCCGGGUGGGACGAGCGGCACCACCUCAGCGAGUCCCAGAAGCCCAAGCUGCAGAACGAGCUGCUGCCGAAGCAGCUGCGGCAGUACUUCUCCCGUCCCCAGAGUCUGCCGGAGCUGCGGGGCGACCUCGCGCAGAGGCCACAUGCCAAGUCCGUUCUGAAGAAGCUGGGUGCUGAUGAGGGCAAGUGCUGCCCGAAAUGCCAGAACCCCUACCUCCUAGACUCCCGGCACUGCCGGCGCUGUGGCACUGAACGCCUGGUGGUGGUACAGCCCCCUUCCUUCGUCUCCGCAGACGCAGGGCCCUCCACCUGUCCCCUGAGACAUGCGGCGGGAGGACAGAUGCCGGACCGAGACGGCGCGCCAUGCCCGUGGAACAACCGCUGGCACGCCGGGGUGCAUAUUCUCAAUGAAACCAUGCACCCCUUGCACCGGUCCUCCUUCGCCACCAAGAGCCUCUUUGAGACGGCGCCCUCCCAGCGCUGGCGUCGGCACCUGGACGUGCAGAAUGAGUUCGGCAAGUGGCGCCAGACGGAAACGGCGCAGCGGCCCUGCGCAGGCGCCCGCGCGCCCAAUGAGGCCAACGCUGCAGAGCUCCGCAAAUGUGGCUACCUCCACAUUCUUCCGGGCCUGCUAGCUGAAGACUACGUCAUCGACGUGCUGUCACACGUCCAGCGCGGCAACUGCACAGAGGUGUCAGCGCCGCACGCGGGUCCGCUCGCCAAGUCCUUGCCCUUCACGGCGCCCAAGCCCCAGCUCUGGGACUUGCUGGAGGCAGCCAUGCAGCCGAGCGAAUGCUGCGACCUGGUCAGCUUACGACUGGUCUGCCAGGAGGCCAGUGAGGAGGAGAUGUGGCAUGGGCCUGACAUCAUCACCAUGAAUCAUUAUGUGGUGCUGGUGGCAUUGCAGUCCGUGACCUCACCUGUUCUCGCCUUCAUUCCGCAUGAGAAGCACCCAGGCUUUGCCUCCGAUGCCAGGAGCAGCUUUUGCGGCGGCGUCACCAUUGGGGAGCGCCUGAGGGUUCGGGACGGCUACUCUGCGCGCUAUUUGGCAGCUGGUAGUGUGGUGAUCUUCGAUGCCAACUUGGUGCGGCGCAGCUUUCCCAGUUCAGCGCACUUCCUGCGCUACGACCUGGUGCCGCGAUCCACGCCGCGCCUUCACCGCCUGCGCGCGUUCUUCGGCGCCAGCGAUGCGGAGCAGUCGCGCUGGGCCAGCGAUGCAGAGCAGUCGCGCUGGGCCGCAGCUGCGCAGGUGUUUUCCAGGCGCCGCAGCGAGCUGUAG